CGCAUGGGUUCUGUAGAUAUGAUACUUUUGUUGAUAUUCUGUAGGAGUCCAAUUUUUGGUUUUAGUUUGGUUUUCAGUUCGAUAUUCUGUCUGCAAUUCUUUAGAUUGUAUACAGUGAGGCAGAGGUAAAUAUAUUCUGCAUGAGGGGCUGAUGGAAAACACGAGGGAUUUGACUCAAAAUACUGCGCGAUCCGAAAGGAAAAGGCGAGACUCCUUCGGGAUGUUUGAUGGCUAUGACAGUUGCAGUGAGGACACAAGUAGCAGCUCCAGCUCAGAAGAGAGCGAGGAAGAGGUUGCUUCUAUGCCAGCAAGCCUACCAAUCAUCAAGAACAAUGGACAGGUUUACACAUACCCCGAUGGCAAAGCAGGCAUGGCAAUAGCCGGGACAGAUGCUUGGAGACAGGCGGGAUCACACCUUCUAAACGUCGGCACGUUAACGUCAAGGCACUACCUUGGAUCAGCAACCUGUGAAAUGUGUGGUAUGGUUGGAGUGAGAGACGCCUUUUACUCCAAAACCAAACGUUUCUGCAGCGUUUCCUGCUCAAGAAGUUAUUCAUCUAAUUCCAAGAAAGCCAGUAUUCUGGCCAGACUCCAGGGUAAACCUCCAACGAAGAAGGCAAAAGUAUUACAGAAACAACCUCUAGUGGCUAAAUUGGCAGCUUAUGCUCAAUACCAAGCAAAUCAACAGAACCAAGCAAAAUUAAAAAUAGGGUUUAAUUGGGGUCAUUACAUUAGCAGCAAUAACAGUGUGGGAGCACCUAUUACCUGUUUUAAACAUGUGCCGAUGUCAUCCUGCUGGGGUGAUGUUGCUGAAGGUGUAAGGGUAGAAGUACCGAACACAGAUAGUAACCUGCCAACAAAAGUCUACUGGAUAGCAGGGAUUGUCAAGUUAGCAGGCUUCAAGGCAUUACUCCGGUAUGAAGGGUUUGAUAAUGAUACCAGCCAUGACUUUUGGUGCAAUCUCUGUAUUCCAGAGGUACAUCCUGUUGGCUGGUGUGCGACCAGUGGGAAGCCUCUUGUUCCACCAAAAUCAAUUCAACAUAAAUACACAAAUUGGAAAACAUUUCUUGUGAAGCGACUCACUGGUGCCAAAACUCUUCCCCCAGACUUCUCCACAAAGGUACAAGAAAGCAUGCAGUAUCCUUUUAAAGCUUUAAUGCGAGUGGAAGUGGUUGAUAAAACGCAUCUGUGCCGGACUCGGGUAGCGAUUCUUGAAACUGUCAUCGGGGGCCGGUUGCGGCUGGUGUACGAAGAGAGUGAGGACGGCACAGAUGACUUUUGGUGUCACAUGUACAGCCCCCUCAUCCACCCUAUUGGAUGGUCCCGAAGCAUUGGUCACAGAUUUAAACGAUCAGAUGUUUCAAAGAAACAGGAAGGUCAGAUUGAUGCAUCUCCAGAAUUAUUUAUGAAGGUAAAAGAGGUUGACCAAAAUGGGGAAUGGUUUAAAGAUGGGAUGAAGCUGGAAGCAAUUGACCCUUUAAAUCUCUCUGCAAUAUGUGUAGCAACUGUAAGAAAGGUACUCGCUGAUGGAUACCUAAUGAUUGGGAUUGAUGGCUCAGAAGCGGCAGAUGGAUCUGACUGGUUUUGCUAUCAUUCCACCUCCCCUUCGAUAUUCCCUGUUGGCUUCUGUGAAAUCAACAAGAUUGAGCUUACUCCUCCCCGAGGCUACACAAAACUCCCAUUCAAAUGGUUUGACUACCUCAGGGAAGUAGGAUCCAUAGCAGCACCAGUCAAACUAUUCAACAAGGAGGUUCCUAAUCACGGGUUUCGAAAGGGAAUGAAAGUGGAAGCUGUGGAUCUCAUGGAGCCUCGCCUUGUGUGUGUUGCCACUGUGACCCGCAUUGUCCACCGCCUGCUGCGGAUCCAUUUUGAUGGGUGGGAGGAUGAGUACGAUCAGUGGGUCGACUGCGAGUCUCCCGAUCUUUAUCCUGCAGGAUGGUGUCAGCUGACUGGGUACCAGCUACAACCUCCAGCAACACAGACCAAUUCAAGAGACAAUCCAACCAGUGUAUCAAAGCAGCAGAAGAAGAAGUCCCAGCAGUACAAAGGACAUAAGAAAAAGAGGAAGAUUCCAGUUGGGAAGAAGCCUGUGAGUUUGUCGAGCCUGCCUAUGACAGGCAUGGUGAGGAGGAGUUUCUCUGGUGAUGAAGAGCUGACUCCCCCUCCAUACCGAACCCUUCCUGCACAGACAGCCCCGGAGGCCUUCCAGCCUCCCAGCACUAGCCGGGAGUUCUGUCCCAGCCUCAAAACAGCAUCUUCACUGCAGAUAAAGGAAGAGUUACUGGAUGGGGAUGAAUUCACCUUCCUACACGGAGUGUCUGACCAGGAAAGUAAUGGUUCUGGCAGCUAUUACAUCAAACAGGAACCGUAAGACAGCUGAGGGACUUUUGACAAAGCAAAAGCCUUAAUUCUGCCUGUCAUGGUCAACAUGUGGAUUUCAGUUCUGGACUUCUUCAGUGAGACUCACUGACCUACAAAGGAGAUUUCAUUUCAGAUGUUAAAUAGGUUUCUUAAUAUUUUGCUGAAAAUCUUUUGAACAAUUUGCCAGAUGGACUUUUAAGUUCAUUGUACUUGAAGUUUUCAAAGGUGUUUUGUAACAUUUUCAAAGUUGUGUACCAUUCAUUAAGUUGAUUUUGUUUUUGAUUUUUGGAAUUCAGUAAACGUUUAAGGUAGUUGGGGUGUUAUAAAUAGGUUUGUUUUGAAAUGAUUGCAUGUAAUGCAAAAUGUUAUCUAAAUCGCAAACCUUACUGGUAUUGGAUGAUAUUGUGUUAAAGGUUUCUACACAUUUCAAAUGCAAACAUUUUUACAUAUAAAUUGUUACUUUUGAUUUGAACUUUUCCUGAUUGAUGUUAAACAGGCUUUAUAUCCUAAAACUCACAAUAAUAUAAUUAACUUACAUGUAUCUAAAUUUAAAGUUUCAUUUUUUUGCUAGCUUCCACUAACUUAGUAGAGUUGGCACGACAGAGAAAUAUCUAUGUGGUGCUUGGCCCAAGCAAUCAGUAUCUUUUACCAGUAAGGUUCAAAGAACCCAUUCUCAGGAAAUAACUGCAUUAUGUUUUAUAGAUGUGUCUGGGCCAUAGCCUGUUGCUUUCCCAGUUGUCAGUAUUUAGGUAAUGCACAACACAUCAAAACAACAAAGGAACCGUUUUGGUGUUAAGAUUGAGGGUAGAAAUUCAAUAAGCUUCUAAAGCGAAUAGUGAAUUUCUUGCAAAUUGUAUUGGAUUUGCUUGUCAGUGUUGGUUCUUGAUCUCAGAAAAAGGUUCCUUUAAGGCUAUAAUAGAAUUCAUUAUUCUGUUUGAUGUGGUUGGAUGCUUUUGUAGGAUUAAGAGAGAACUAUAUAUAAAACAUUUUAAAUACUGCACAUGAAAAGAAUGCUGUAUAGGGUGGUGUAAAAACCAGCAAUGUGUUUAUGACCUUUUAUUUUGAUCAAACCUAUUACCCUAAAUUGGGUUAAUUUAGUUUUUUGAGAGAAAAAAAGAAAGGGGGAUAUAUAUUGACAUAUAUUACAUUCUAUGAAAAAGAUAGAUGCUUUUAUUGUACUAGCUACUGUCGGAUGAAUGGUUCAGUUUCAUUUUCAAUGAGCAAUAAAGCUUUUGUAAUAUUCUACCAGCUGGACUUUAACGAAGGUUUUGUGGUCCAGCUGUUACAUGCUAAUGUAACCGUGGAGGGGACAGGCAUUGAAUUAACAUGUUUCUGUUAAAAUGCAUCAGAAAUGUUGGGGACUGCUGCUUGUGUUUCCUGUUUGUGGUAGCUACAAGUUGUUAAGGGUUAUGUAUAACACAAAUAUAACUAAUCUUUGAGUUAAAUGUGAUUCUCAUUUAGACCAGGGCUUCCCAAACCCAGCCCUUUGGACCCCAGUGUCUUCUGGUUUUCAUUCCAACCGAGUUCUCAAUUAUUUCACUUUAUUUAAUAAAUAAUUUGCUUAAUCUGACCUUUUUUAAAAACAAGAACAAUGCAAAAGGUCAGAUUUUUAGUUCAAUUGAAGGUUUAGUUAAGUAAAUAGUUAAUCCUUGCAUUUAAAGUUUAACAGUUUCAGUGACUUUGGAGCCGAAUAACUUUCAUUAGGUACUACCACAUAUCGCUGCCAUGUUUGCUCACAUUGUUUUUCAAACAAAAACAUACAAAUAAACCAAAACCUUUAAACCAGUGUUUACUCAGCCCAGGACACUUCUAUUUUACAAGACACGCACAUAAAAUGACUACCACGUCUACACCAUACACACCGUUUUGUAUUAUCCCCAGGCCAUAUUCAACAAGCUGAAAAGAAAGUAUAAUUUUUAUUAAAGGCAGAUUAAUCAAACUGUUAAACAGUAUUUUGCUGAACCAGAAGUUUUUUGAAAACCGCAAAGAUGAGCUCAUGGUCCAGAAAUGCCCACGUUGUGUAGGCAGUGAGGAUCUGUCGUUGUUCUUUUGAUAUUAACACGGGUCUCAUGUUUCUGAUGUGAACCCUCUUCCCUCACUCUUUGUAUUAUGGUGCUAUAUAUUUGAUAUACUGAUAAUCCUUUAUAACUGGGGGAAUGACUUUCAGAAACUGUGAUUUUAGGGGGAAAUUCCAUUUUCUUGUAUACUCUGUAUUUUGGAUACAAACUAAAAAAAAAACAUUUAAAAAAUCUUUUGUAAAAAAUAUAAAAAAUUAAAAUAAUAAUGACAAAUCAUUUUGUUAGCCACCGUACGUGGGAAAGUACUACAUACAGGGGUUUAUAGAUCUGUAUUCUUUUCUUUCAUUUUCUUUAUUGGUAAUUUGUGCAGUUAAUCAGAGGUAACAUAUUUCUCUGAAAAUGUAUAUAAAUAGGUAAAAAAAAAAUUGGGGGGGAAUAUGUUGAUGUCACUUUUUUGUUUGUUCUAAACACUGCAAAAAAAUCAGCAUGGGUAUGAAAAGCAUUAAAAUUAAUUGUGUAAAAGAUGAAAAUAAUUCACUAAUAACUUUUUUUUUUCACUGAAUAAAAUGAUUAUACAAAA